AGAAUAGACGCUUUAAUGCUAUUUGAAUCGUCGUUCGAAUGUAGAGGUAGCAAACACGAAUGAUAUACCUGCGUCAUCUGUAUCUGUAACAAAUCUAAAGGGAAAGUUGACUCUGCUAUUUCAAUAAUUUGUUUGUUGGACACAAUACAGAAAUCUCUACGUCGGAGACAGAAAAACGACUCACCAAACGGUCAUUCGUUAUCAACGAACGGUGAUCCGUUAUUAUGAAGUGGCUAUCCGUUUCCUCUUUUAUCAGCAGUUGAUAAUCUAAUCGAUAGACAAAUGUGUUGAUUUUUCUAUCCAUCGAAAGUUGUAUCAUCGUUUGUAGAAAAUCAGUGUAGUUCAAGAACUCGUAAGCUUCGAAAGGUCGAUAUGAGCAAAAACUGCGCGAUCUUGACCGCUACCCCAUACUGAUAUCACCUUUGAAGUCAGCACGAUUCCGAAACAAUCGUAUGAAAGAUUUACAGUCCUCGCGCUCCUGUUCCUAUGCUUUAUUGCGUUGUCAUUCUUUAAUCAGCAAACUUCAGCUUAUUUUAAAAAUAACGUAGAUGUGGUCUACAGCAAUCAUCUCCAUAUUUUUGGUGCCUUUGACGUCCUCCAUCUCGAGUAUUUGUAUAAAAAACUUUACUCUACCACAAACCGGAUCAUCCGUGAAGGUACAUCAGCAACUUGAUCUUCCAUGCAGCCGGUAUCCCACGUGCUUGAGUUUGUAAGUGCCAACUUGUUAACUGCGUGGGAUAGAAUUGCUGCAAAUCGUCUUUCCGUUCCGACGCAUGUACUUUAUUGGUUAGGUUUGGCUUCUCUUCAAAUUGUUCAACCAGGCUAAAAUUAUUUCGACCGGCUUUUCUCUAUUUCUCCAUCAAAAAUUCUGUAGAGCCACACAGCAUGUUCACAAAUAUCCGAGACAAAUGACGGAAGCGCUCUAAUCGAAAAACUCGGUCACAAAAACCUCAUUACGACGCUAGCGGAUAUUUAAGCAGGAAAACCAGAGACCAUACAUGUAACAACUGCGGUCAUAUCGGAAACUACGCAUCUAAAUGUCAUACAAAAAGAUCCUUACAUUAAGUAUGUCGGUGGAUCAAUUCUUGCAAAGUCACUUACGAUUGGGAUCAUUAAUGCACACGAAAAUUUAAAGUACCAAGGGCGUAAAUACCAGCAAAUUCAGCUGCAAUUUCAUUCCAUUGAUCAAAGUAUAGGCUGUUUUAAAAGAAGAAGAUGUCCCUGGUAUAGGCUGCACAUGAUGACGCAUUGCUACACCGUCUUCUGCUACGCAGGGACAUAUACUAAACAGAUAUUUUAAGAUGGUUCUAGUUUCAAUAUAUGUCACUCGAGCAAAAAAUUCUCAAUUCUGUACCAAUGCUUUCAUUCUCGCCUUGCAUGGAGACCAAUAGCUUGUCUCUCGACUUCAAACUUUCGAGAAUGGCCGAGUUGAUGAAUAUAUAUGCCUCGCCUACCCAUGUCGUACUAGAGCAUUUCAUAAGAAAUGAAUGCCUUCAGAUGAGCGAUCAUUGCUUUCAACCCUCUGCGACUAAUUGUGCCACCCCAUCAAGACCGACCAAAAGGCAGUGCAUUUUAAGCGUGCCUUGCUAUCAGGCCCGAUACGUGAGCAUAGCAAAUUUCAUUCUCGCAGAAAAUGCAGUCUUAUUCAGACUAGUUCGUCGUAACAGGCGACAAGCAUUGGAUACUCUUGUCUCUACGAGUCCCAACUGACCCGUUCAAAUUGAAACGUGUGUCCAGCAUUUCACGUGACUUUCACCGCAAUCCGGAGUGGAGCUGAGUGGACGAGGAAGUUUUCGAUGAGUGAAAAUAUAGUAUUUAUCAUCGAAUGACAACAUUGGUUAAAUCUGAUUCAGCGGUGCAAAUUACCGCGACAUUGGUGGGGUGUGUAGUGUUUGAAAAGGAUGCUACGGGCGGCGACCUUUAUAUAUAUAUAUAUAUAUACGUCUAUCUUUUUAACAGUGCGCGAGGCUAGCAGCCAUGUGUCUAGCAGCCAUGUGUCCUAUAAACCUCUCCUUUACAAAGUACCAUCGAUCUCAUUCC